UUUCAUCCCAAGUUCUCUCAAAAAAACCCUCCUUUCCUCUUCCUCUUGGUAUUCAGCCUCAUAAAGUUCUUUGCUUUCUCCUCCCACCCAAACUCCAACCCUCUUCUCUAGCCUACAAAUCUAUUGCAAAAAGUAGUGCCUUUUCUUCAAUUCUCAAAACUUUUCAAACCCCCCUAAAAUCUGACCGUUAUAAACCUUUGACAGAGACAGAUUGAUAUAUCUGAUUAAGAUUUUGAGGAUGGUGAAGAUGACAAUAGUUGGAAGGGUGAGUGAUGGGUUGCCAAUAGCACAAGGUCCAAGGUAUGUGAAUGAAGAGGAUGAAAAUUUCUCAAGUUACAAGCAACAAGCAGAGUUCAUACUCAAAGAAAUCUCAAGAACAGGGUCUUCAUUGGCUCCUUCUAAGAUGACCAUUCGACUCGAUCUCCACCACCAUUGCUUCAACUGUGUGGUUGAGAAUGGAGUUUGCUUCAUCACAUUGUGUGAUUCUUCAUAUCCAAGAAAACUGGCUUUUCACUAUCUACAAGAUUUGCUCAAGGAGUUUGACAAGUUCGAUAUGAGCCUUCUAAACAAAAUUACAAAACCAUACAGCUUUGUCAGAUUUGAUGGAAUUAUUGGCAACAUAAGAAGGCAGUAUACAGAUACAAAAACACAGUCUAAUCUGUCAAAGCUAAAUGCUAAUCGUCGACAAGAUCUUGAUAUCAUUACACUAGACAUGUCCACAAUAGUAGAAAGAAGGCGAAGAUUGGAAAUGUUGGAAAAGGCAAUGGCAACUCCUCCAACUGUUUCACCAAUAUGGUGUUCCCCAUUACUUGAGGUAAUUGCAAUGAAAUGGACACCCAUUACAAUCAUGGUUAUUGUUGCCUGUAUACUUUUCUGGACCUGCUUAGUCGGCUCUGAUAACUUCACAGUAGUGACUUCCUAAAAGUUCCUCAAACCAGGAAUAUAAACAUUCAUCACUUAAAGAGUGCAAUACAAAGAAAUGAUUCAGCAUUGCCUACUGUUGGAAGAACUGUAUUGUUGUGCUAUGGACCUUGUAGAUACAUUUGAAAUGUUGAUUUGGUCAAUCUGGAUUUAUUUUUGUUGUGAAAUAUGCAAGAGAUGUACAUUGAUUUUAAGUCUUGAAUAUGAAUGAAUAAUCAAUUCUUCGCGAAUUGGCUCAAUGGAUUCAAGUUCAAAAUACUUGUAUAACAUUGUUGUAGGCUGCUUAGGCACAUUGUGCAAGUUCCAAAUUUGUUU